AUGUUUGCGGACCGUCGCAACCUUCCCCGCUACCUUCUCUACUCCUUCCAUCACCUCGUAACCCGCUUCCACAUCGCCUCUCUAGACACAAUGGGAGUCCGAGAAAUCCCCCCCGCCAUGAUGUUGGACAUCCCCGCCACUCGGUCUAUCAGUCCCGGGGGUUGCAUCUCCGCCCGAGACGUCGACAUGGCGUCACCGACGGCUUGGGCUUCCCUGCCCGGUCGACCCCGGACCUCCGAAUCGCGUCGCCCGUCUUUCUCUAUCAGCAACGCUCCGGAUAUUAUCCCUGCAGAUGCGUGGCGCAUCCAGCAUGGCAGAUAUGUUGCCUUCCAACUCGACACGGCGGCCGUCGCGGAGAACACGGUAUUCGCAGAAGGCUCCAAAGAGUGGAACGAAAUCCUCAACUUUCCCGUCAAGCGCUAUAUCGGGCUCGUAGUGGGAUCACAAAUGCAGAAGUCCGACGAUAAGUCGCGUUGGUUGGAGGAACUGCACGUUCUGUACGUCGUGGACCUCGAAGAACUACCGGAACUGCCCGGCACGGAGUCGUGGUACAUGCCCAUCGCGCCGCUCAAGGCUGGAGCCGCGGCGGGCUGUGGCCGUGCGAUCCAGACGAAGACUAUCUUUCCUUGGGCUGGCCUUUCGCAGUGUACGGUCUUUGGGGCCCGUCUCCAGAUCCAGGAGCUUCAUACGUCGCAAUUUGAGUUCGGCCUUGACGAGGAUGAAUUGGAACGGUUCUUGCGACGCUUCAGUUUCGACGGGGGCAUCAGGGACCAGCUCAAGAACGAAUGCGACCCGUUCGUGCGGGCAGAGAUUGAGAUGCUCGAGGCGACGGACCAGCCGUUGCUUGCGACGGUAUGGUGCGACAUCAGGCCGACGAAGGGCGUUGAUUACAGCAAAGACCCCCGCGAGUUCGUCAAAGAGCUCUACGAUUUGGUCGAUGUGAUACACCAGUCCCCCGAGCAGCCAGUGGUCGAGCAGGAAGAGACCAUGAUGGAUGAUGAGCAACUGACCGUGCAGCCCGCGCCAGACGUCGCCAAGAACCAUUCGGGUUCGGGUUCCGUGUAUUCUAUCGGGUGUGAUAAUAAUGGCGAACCGUCCGCUGACUGGGCCUCCCUCGUGUAUGGCUAG